GCUCUUGCCACAGUUGUCCCGUUGGUGUUAGCGGUUAUAGUGAGAGUCGUGAGUGCGGCGCUCGGUGUUCGGGUUUGUCCUCCGUGAAGCGACAGCUGAGGGGACAGCGAGAAGUCGUUUACGAACUCGGAUCACCUGAAGAGGGAGAUGACGGAGCAAGACGUUAACCCUAAAGCAUAUCCUCUUGCGGAUGCCCAGCUAACAAAGACAAUUCUAGAUCUUGUGCAGCAAGCUGGGAACUAUAAACAGCUUCGAAAAGGAGCUAAUGAAGCCACCAAGACCUUGAACAGAGGAAUUGCUGAAUUCAUAGUGAUGGCUGCUGAUGCUGAACCGUUGGAGAUUAUCCUUCACUUACCUCUUCUCUGCGAAGAUAAAAAUGUGCCUUACGUUUUUGUAAGAUCUAAACAGGCUCUGGGCCGUGCAUGUGGUGUGUGUCGGCCUGUCAUUGCAUCCUCUGUCACCAUAAAGGAAGGCUCUCAGCUGAAACCACAGAUUCAGUCUGUUCAACAGGCAGUUGAACGUUUACUGGUUUGAAUUGAUGUGACAGUCAGUGGAAUAUUAAAUGGCUGAACAGGAAUGGCUUCAAACCAUCAGUCAUGUACAUUCCACUUUUUUUCUAAGAUGCUUUUGAACAUUGUGGCAGGAUUGUUCAAAGGGUGCAUUUAUAAUCUACUUUAAUUUCUUAAAUAAAAGUGCUUUGUCUGAA